AUGUUAUACCCAAAAGUCCCUUCAAUAGAUUUACCUGAUGAUUUGUUUGAAGAAGCUUUAAAUCCAUGGAAAUUUUCGCUUAUAGGAAGAUUAAAUCUACAGUUUAUUAAGUUUGUUGAUGCUGCUGUCAUCCUAAGACAACAAUGGAAGUUAUCUGGUGAUUGUAAACUUAUACCAUUGGGACGUGGUUUCUUCACAAUUAAGCUGGACAAUGAGUUAGAUCGUAUAAUUAUCAAGGCUGGUCAAUGGGAAGUUUUGAAUCAGGUUCUUCAGGUUAGAAAUUGGAGUUCAAAUUUUAGACCAUCUGCUCAGCGUACUUCUAAAGCUCAAGUUUGGGUUCGUCUGCCUGGUUUGGGUCUUGAAUUCUGGAAGGAAAAGAUCUUAUUCAAAAUCUGUAAAGAAAUUGGAACACCUAUCAAAAUUGAUGCUGCUACUGAGAAGUGUGAAUCUGGGUAUUAUGCAAAUGUGUUGGUUGAGAUGGAUUUCGCUCAGCCAAUUCCCAGCAAAAUUUGGAUUGGUACAAAGUAUGGUGGUUUUUUUCAGGAUAUUUCAACUCAAAUUCUUCCUAAAUACUGUCAUUACUGUAAGAUUAUUGGUCAUGUAACUGCUGAUUGUAGGAUUUCACAAUCUAAAAGUAAUGCUGCAAGCAGUGAAUCACAAAAGAAUAAAACUCAAGUUCCCUUUGAUAUCUGUGAUAGACCAGAGGUUGAAAGUUCUCCAUCAAAGUUACAAGCCAGUACUUCCAAUUCAGUUCAUCAACAUCAUCCAGUGCAAGAUUCUCUUGUUACUAAUAUCACAACUCCAGCUACAAAAGAUAAUUCAAGUGCUAUCAAUCCUGGUUUGGUAGGAGGAAGAUUUAAUAUCUUAAAUUCUGAAGAUAACAAGGAGGAGGAGGAGAUUGAGAAAACUGCUAAUGUUGAAAUACCAACUCAAAAAUUACUUCACAUUGCUGAAGUUACUGAGCUUGAAAUGGUUCAAACAUCAGCAGUCAAAAAGUUGCCCACAUCCAAUUCUAAGAAUAACAUAUUGAGUAAAGGUUCAGCUGAACAGGCUAUCCCUAGAUCAAAAACUGCUAAUGAAGUUGUUAAGAAUAUUGUUCCUGGUAAUACUUCUGGUGGAAAAAUAGUUAAUCCAGUCCCUCAUAAAUACACUUUCAGAAAAAAAUAA